AUGGGGAACAUAAUUGGCAAGCCAGUUCCCAAGAUUCACCUUUCAUUCUAUCUCUCAUGGGUCAACAUAUGGCUUUCUCUGCCUGAUCCCGCCCCCGGCCAAGACACUACCGACCUCACCCCUACUGAACAAGUUAAAGUGUUCCUCCAGGAGUCUUCUUCUCCUCUUCCAAGCUACAGCGCUCUCAAAAGGGUGGCUUCGUCAUUUCGCCGAUCCCUGGACAACGGGCAGAUACGCCUUGGUGGCGGCGAUGCCCCCAGCUGCAGCGUGACCAACCUCGCGUCCGCAGAUUACGAUCCAAACUCAAAUUGCACCUGCAACGGCCUUUAUCCAGUUCCAGCUGAUGCAGACAUAGCCUGCAUUGUCGAACGCGCCGAUUGCACCGCCAUCCGCAAUACGCACCAGGCACUUCAGACCGUUCUCAAGCGAAAGUCCGAAUGGAAUACGACAUCCCUCUUCUCGCCGAGAAACCUUAUCGAAGCGGUAACCGAGCUUCUCUUGGCAAAUGUCGAUGUGCAAGAUCCUCCAACGACAUGCCAGGAUCCAGCGGAAGUGACCAACCUGCGCAAUAUACGAGCCCCAGAUCGUCGGCCAAGUCCACAAAAUGACACCGUUGAUGUCAUCCACCGGCAACUCUACCCCGCAGCGGAAGACGUCAAAUUCUGCACCGAUGCCAAGUACUACUUCGUACUCGGCGCCAUUCACAGUGAUCCCGCACAUGAUGGGCUGAUCCGCGCCAUUGCAGACGCAGGUAAUGACAUCCUGGUCGCGGAUUACUGCGAGGUAGCGGAUGAAGCAACCCUAAAGGUACUACAGCAGACUGGCGCAGCCGCAGUAGCAUUCCUCAAGCUCUGCGUGCUGUCGGGGCUCUUCUCCGAAUGGGCCUUUGAUAAUAUGAUGGCCUCGAUGCUCCAUUUUCGGGUGCUUGGAUACUACCGUGAUCAUGCACGGGGCCGCCUACCGGCCGGUGUUUACGGCAGUCGGAUGACAAGUCUUACCGCGCACCGGUACGUCGAUCUAGGGCUGUUCUUCGCUGUGGCGUCUGCCUCGGUGUGGACGAAGCGGCAAGUCAAUGAGACAGAGUACACGUUGUUGAGUAUCGCCUGCACGCUAAUCAAUGACCUGGUGGACCUCCGCAGCGAUACCGCGCGGAAGCAGCGGGAGAAUGUUGUGUUGCGCGGAGUACGAGGAAAUUUGUGCGAGUACUUGGACCGGGUGAUGUUCGAGUGUCUCGAGACGGCUACGCUUGCCGUUCAGAUGAAUCCGACGUACGCGUAUGUCUUAAUGGCAUUUUGUAAUUGGGCUGUGAUGAGCUCGCAUCAUAAGGUGUAUGAGGUAAGUACGCAGGUCUCUGAAAUUGGGAAGCAUGAUGAAUGUUUGUCCCGGUCGAGGGACCAUCGACGGGCGUAUUGGGGGCUUUUGGAGGCGUUGGCUCCGUAUGGGACUUUGGGGAAAGAGGGUCCUAGGGUAGGGCAGACGCGGGCGGAGUUGGAUUUCCGAUAUGGAGUAUGUCGGUCUUCGUCUACUUUGCAUGCGGCGUGGUUGGCGGAUAUCACGAGAAGUCUUUUGGAGCCGCGGACUCUAAGGAGGAUUGUGGAUGUAGUGCAUUUUGAGUGGACGGGGUGUGAAGGCGAGGUGGAAUAUUGUCCAUGA